ACAACCAGCACAGUCCUGUUGUUGGCGCCCACAAGCCGCUCUUGAAAUUCUACAUCUUUCGCGCUUCCUACUCUGUCCCACUGGCAGCCUCCUCUCCUGGUUGGGCGCGUUUGGUACAAGAAGGCUCUUUGCCUCGCCGUAUUCUGUUGUCCCUCGCACUUUCCCGCCCGGGCGACAUGGCUAUCAUCGCCAAUGCCACAGCUUGCGCCAUCGCCGCCGCUAGCGCCUCAUCGUGCGCCGUCCUCGAUCCAGCCAGUGCUUUCUCGCCCUGUCACGCUGCACCCGCCGCUGCCUCCCCGUUGCUCCUAAACGUCUUCCUUUAUCUCCUCCUCGCCUCGCUCCUCGCCCUCGCCGCCCUUGUCGCCAUCGUCGUCGUCGUCGCGUCGCGAUGGGCCGGAAUAGGCGCCACCGCUGCGUCCUCCACCGACCACCCCUCCACGUCGGAUACUACGGAUCAUGACUCUCAUGAUUCCCCUUCCGCCAACCCGUACGAUGUCUUCCGCCCGGCGCCCGUUUCCCCGGCCAAGGCGCGCGUGCGCGCGGUGCUGAAGGUGCUCAUCCCCGCGGCCGUGCGCGCGAUCAACUGGGCGGGGCGGCAGUGCGGCGCAGUUGCGCCGUGGUUCCGCCCGCUGGACUGGCUGAUCCCCUUCGACGAGGCCGCCAUGCUGCGGUGCGCGCAGUGGUGCACGGGGCUCAGCGACUUCGGCGACAUGAGCUUCGCGACGGCCAUGCGACUCGCGGCGAAGGACGCGCGCGAGAAUGCGAACCUGUCGACGUUCGGGCGGAUCGCCAUCUGGCUCGACGUGCAGCGGCUGCUGCAAUGCCGGCUGCAGCUGGUGGAGCACCGGAAGCAGCACCCCGAGAUCGAGGACGAACGCAUCAAGUCGCCCCUGGUGGUGCUGGGCAUGCCGCGCACGGGCACGACGCUGCUGUUCAACCUGCUCUCGCUCGACUCGCGCACCUUCCGCACGCCACGCACGUGGGAGUGCCACCACGUGUACCCGCCGCCGCAGCGCGCGUCGUACGAGAGCGACCCGCGCGCGGGGCUGAUGGAGGAGUCGCUGUUCGCGCUGGACGCGCUCGUGCCCGACCUCAAACACAUCCACCACAUGACGGCGCGCGGCCCGCAGGAGACCUUCGAACUCAUGUGCUACGACUGCACGUCGUUCGUGCUGCCGUUCGCAUACCUGCACGCGCCCGAGUACCUGGACUGGUUCAUGGCGUCGCACAUCACGCCCACCUACCGCUUCCUGCGCUGGCAGCUGCAGUACCUGCAGCACCAUGGUCCCUCGGCGCCGCACUGGCUGCUGAAGAGCCCCGAGCACAUCUUCUCCCUGCCCGCGCUGCUCGAGGUGUUCCCCGACGCGCGCGUCGUGUGCACACACCGCGACCCCCUGCGGGUGCUGCCGUCCGCGCACUCCCUCAUGCGCUGCUUCCGCUCCCUCACGUGCGAGCAAGUGGAUGACGCCACCAUCUCCACUCUGUGGGCCCCACACCUGGCGCGUGCCCUGGACAGCAUGAUUGCCCUGCGGGAGAAGGCCGCUGAGAGGGAGAGGAUGACGGCGGAGCCAGAGUCAGAGGACAGCAGCAGCGACGACUGCAGCAGCAUCUGCAGCGACAGCAGCCGCAGCAGCAGCGGCAUUGCCAGCACCAGCACCGACUCUGACGAUGAUGAAGGGGACGGCGGGGACGUGGAUAUUGCCAGCAACACUGACAGCAACGAUGGGGAGGAGGAAGAGGAGGAGCAUGAGGGGGGGGCAGGGGAGUGGCGUGCGUCGCUGGCGGUGGACGUGCUGUACCACGAGUUCGUGCGCGACCCCAUAGCGCAGAUCCGGCGCAUCUACGCGCACUACGGCGAGGAGCUCUCCCCGUGGGCGGAGCGCCGCAUGCGCCUGUACCUGGCGGAAGAUGCCAAGGAGCGCAAGGCUCAUCGCCACAUGUACCGGUGGGAAGACACGCACCUGGACAAGCAGGAGCAGAGGGCGCGCUUUGCACACUACAUGCAGCACUUUGGCGUGCAGCACGAGGCGUGAGAGGGCGGCGAAGGGGGGUUGGGGCAUGAGGGAUGGAGUCGAGAGAUGAGGAUGGAGUUGCAGCAAGAGACAUGUGGAAGCAAUGCGAAAUCACCUGAAGGCUGAAGCUGUUACGCUCAUGGGAUGACCAGGACAGGCGCACCAUGGGGGUGCGGCAUUGCUGCUUAGCGUGUCCUGGGUUGUUGAAUGUGGACUGUCUAGUGAUGGCAGGGAAGCAGAAUGUAUGUACGGGUCUGUCCGCAGAGCUGCCCAUACCCUCUGCUGCCCUGCCAAUGCCGGUAGUUGCUGGUUGUGUCUCCAUUAUUCUCCCAGGCAACUCAAACCCAAAGGGACCGCCCAGCAUCAUGCCAGGGCGUGCCCUUUGUUUUUGAAGUGCUUGGACAUGUGCUUGUGUUCGCUUUGUUGUUUUUUGCUUUGAUGUGUGUUUUGGUGAGGUUGGGAUGGGACCUGUGAAUGAAGGGUUUAGUUUCAGACCUUGUACACAAUCGUCCAGCUCAGCGUAUUACUCUCUGUGUCUCAGCUCACAAGUAUUGUGUAUCAACAA